AUGUCAGCUGUGCCAAGCCGACAUCACUUCCGCCAGAUAUAUAUACGUCGAAUAUACAACAAUAUAUAUAAUUCGCUAUUAUUUUACUCUCCCUUUACUCUCUCUCACUCUCUCUCUCACUCUCUCUUAAAUUUUUCUAUCUCUAUCCCUCUCUCUCUGUUCUUCAUUUUGCUGCCUUUCUUUCUUCCUCUUCCAUCUUGCCUUAUGUUUCCUUCUUUUUUAUUCUCACUUUCCCUCGUUUUUCCUCCAUUUUCAUUUUUUUUAUUUUCGUCACUUUUCUCUCUUUUCAUCUUUUCUUUUCCCAUCUCCAUCGUUAUUUCGCUCUUUGCUUCCUUUCACUUUCUCUCUUUAUUCUCUUUGUUUUUCUUCCUUCAUCUCUUUCCUGUGUGUUUAUUUUCUCAACUCUUUCACUUUCUCUCACAUUCUUUAUCUCUCUCAUCUCCUCUUUCAUCUCCUAUCUCUAUUUUUCUAUUUUUCACGCUUACUUUCCUUGUCUCUUUUUUUAUAAUACUUCAUCCUCGCGUUUCUCUCUCUCUCUCUUCUUACACUCUUUCUAUCUCUUUACUCUUCCACUCUCUCUCAUUUUACUCUCUUUGUCUCUUCCACGAAUCUUCUUUCUGA